AUGCUCAAGUUGUGUUUCAUGACAGCUGAUUGCUGCAGGACAUCAGAGAGUAAGGCUGCAUAUCUGGGCGGCUCUGUCACCAUUGACUGCAAAUACCCAGAGAGUGAGGAGAGCAACAUCAGAUACUUCUGCAAAGAAGAUGGAAACUUGUCCUGCAAAAAUGUGAUAAUGGCUCAUGCUGAAAACAACAAUACAAGAACAGACAGGUUUAUUCUGUCAAACAGCAGAAUGAACGGGGUCUACCGUGUAACUAUUUCCAGUCUCACUGAGGAAGAUGCUGGAAAAUACUGGUGUGCUAUGAAGAGAACUGAACCCGUCUCCAUUGCAAAAUUAACAGAGGUGCACCUGAGUGUUGUGAUAGAAAAGCCCGUCAAGACUAAAACAACAACCACCACAGCUUCACUUGCCGCAGCAACAGUGCAGACCUCUGCCUCAGCAGCUUCAGCACCUGCCUCCACAUCACUAACCAGCACUGCUAAAUCAUCCCAGAGUGCUGAUUGCUGCAGGACAUCAGAGAGUAAGGCUGCAUAUCUGGGCGGCUCUGUCACCAUUGACUGCAAAUACCCCGAGAGUGAGGAGAGCAACAUCAGAUACUUCUGCAAAGAAGAUGGAAACUUGUACUGCAAAAAUGUGAUAAUGGCUCGUGCUGAACACAACAAUACACGAAUAGACAGGUUUAUUCUGUCAAACAGCAGAAUGAACGGGGUCUACCGUGUAACUAUUUCCGCUCUCACUGAGGAAGAUGCUGGAAAAUACUGGUGUGCUAUGAAGAGAACUGAACCCGCCUCCAUUGCAAAAUUAACAGAGGUGCACCUGAGUGUUGUGAAAAAGCCUGUCAAGACUAAAACAACAACCACCACAGCUUCACUUGCCGCAGCAACAGUGCAGACCUCUGCCUCAGCAGCUUCAGCACCUGCCUCCACAUCACUAACCAGCACUGCUAAAUCAGCCCAGAGUGGAACAUCCGUAUACACUGCUGUGUCUGUGAGUCUGGCAGUGCUGCUGAUAGUCCUCACCUUACUCAUAAUAUACAAAUAUAAAAUGCACAAGAAGCAAGGAAGUCACAGACCAUCAGAGAACACAGCAAAUAUUGGACACAACAGAGAGGAUGUUCAUGGAGAUCAUGACUAUGAGGAGGUGGAGGAGCGCCUCCAUCAGCCAGCCGCGGGGAGUGCAGUGCAUUCCCUUUAUGCCACAGUCAGCAUGCCCACACAAGCCUUAGACUUUCCCCACUAUGCCAGCGUCAUUUUCCAGAAGAGACCCGGCGCUGAUAGCGAGGCCACUGUCAGUUUCUCAACAGGGAGCUGCUCGACUCCGGCCACAGACAAACCUGACCUCUCAACCUGUGACUAUGCCUGUGUCACUGCAACCCAAAGUGCCACCAAGCCCGCAGGCGAGGACCCUCAGGCCACAGUAGUCUGACAACUGAGGGACUCAUUCAAGACCUUAUUUAAACCUAACUAAGACCAUUUUUCAGCCUUGUUAGCACUUGUAAUACAUGGGGGAGUGUAUGCACCAAAAUAAUAGUCUUUAAAAUUUUUCAGUGAGUAUUUGGGAAAAUGUGGCCUUUGGGUUUGAGCAAGGUGAUGAAAAUAAGAAAGGCAUUUUACUUCUGUUUAUUUUGUUCAUUUUACCUGUGAUAACAAAAUCAAACAAUAUCUCAAUGAGAAAAAACAAAAAAAAAGAUGUUAGUAUCUACAUACUUUUGGGUGCACUGGAACCUGAUGUACUAUCCAGCCCGCUUUUAUUCUUCUGAGUCAGUGUUUGAUGUUGCAGUAGCCUAUUUUUAAUGCCAUCUUUUACUGUAUAUAUGCCUCUUGUC